AUGUCAUCCUUUGUCGUCAAGUUGUGGGAGGACAUCUUCACCCCGGGCCCGACGCCCACCAUCCUCAAGGCCGCCAACGGCUCCUUCGCCGCCCUCCAGCUCGUCCUCUUCUCCCUCCUUCUCGCCACAUAUAAUAUCCACUGCCUCAUCCUGUCCGUCCUGUGCGCCGGCCUGUGGUGGAGCAUCAACUGGUUCGCCGCCGAGCUCGCCAUCGCCCAGCGGGAGGAGCGCGAGAAGGAAAAGAGGGAGAAGCAGCUGCAGAGGGAGGCUUCGGGCAACGACGAUGACAGCGAGACGGAGGUAGACACGCCGGCUCCGAAUAAGGCCCCCCCCGUGGUAUCCACGGACGCUACGACUUCCGACGUCGCUGCUGCCGCUGGGCUUGAGCCCGUCGAGGCAAAGGGCGAGGUGAAGCAGCGUGUUGGUGCGACGGGGACGCAGUCAGGUGUGAGCACUGAGGAUGAGUGGGAGAAGGUAUCCGAGGCUGAGAACGAGAAGGACAAAUAG